AUGUUCAACCUCCGUCACCUUCGCUUCUCUCCUGCAUUCACCUCCUCCGCCUCUGCCUACCUUAACUUCCAUGAAAAUUUGAGCCUUUGCUUAACAAAGGGUCAUCUCGAUGAAGCUCUCACUCUCUUUUACACUUCUAACUUCUCUCAUACCCAACAGACAUAUGCCGAUCUCCUCCACGCCUGUGCCCGCCAUGGAUGUCUCUCGCAAGGCCAAGCUCUACACCACCACAUGCUCAACACCCACAAUCGAAAUGGCUUACAAAAUCUAUACGUAACCAAUCAUCUGAUCAACAUGUAUGCGAAAUGUGGGUGUUUGGAGUAUGCACGUAAGGUGUUCGACGAAAUGGGGGAGAGAAAUAUUGUCUCUUGGACUGCUCUUAUUUCAGGUUAUUCCCAAUUCGACAGACGUGAAGAGAGUUGUGGUAUGUUUUCUGAGAUGUUAGCGGAUUGUCGCCCGAAUGAGUUUGCUUACGCAAGCGUGCUAAGCUGUUGUGAUUGUGAGUUCGGCAAACAGGUACAUGGGCAUUCACUGAAAACCUGUUUUGAUGCUUACACUUAUGUGGCAAAUGCAUUGAUCACCAUGUAUUCAAAGAAUGAUGAUAAAAGUGUUUGUAAAGAUGAACCGCUUGAGGCUUGGAUGGUUUUCAAAUUCUUGAAGUUUCGGAAUCUUGUGACAUGGAACUCGAUGAUUGCGGCUUUUCAGACUAGAGGGAAGUGGGAAGAAGCUGUAAAUCUGUUCUUGACGAUGCGGCAUGAUUGUAACAUUAGUUUUGACCGUGCAACUCUUCUUAGCGUAUUUUCAUCAUUGUUGAUGGUUAGAGACGAUGGUGAUGAUGCGAUUGCCGAAUGUCUCAAGUUCUGUUCUCAGGUACACUGCCUUGCCAUUAAAACAUGGUUUAUCUCAGAAAUUGAAGUGAUAACCACAUUGAUAAAGGCGUAUGCUGAUCUUGGUGUAGAAAUUCCCGAUCUUUAUAGUCUAUUCCUGGAGACACGGGGCCGGAGAGAUAUUGUUUCAUGGACCGCGUUCAUAACAAUAUUCGCCGAACGGGUCCCUGAAGAGUCUCUUCGUUUUUUCUCUGAAUUAUGUCAAGAGGGUUUGAUUCCAGACCGUCAUACAUAUUCGAUAGUCUUGAAAGCGUGUGCAGGCCUUGUGACUAAUCGACCCACGUUGGCUAUCCAUUCUCAAAUCCUGAAACACGGUUUUGAGAAUGACACUGUGCUUGCAAACACAUUGAUUCAUGCAUACGGAAGAUCUGGUUCACUUAUCGAAUCCGUGAAAGUCUUUGAUACGAUACUUAAUAAGGACAUAGUUUCUUGGAAUUCAAUGAUCAAGAUUUACGGGUUGCAUGGUCAACCAAGAAACGCGUUGAAAUGCUUUGCGGAAAUGAAUGUAGCCCCUGAUGCUACAACUUUUGUCGCCCUCCUAUCAGCGUGCAGCCAUGCGGGUUUGGUUGAAGAAGGGACCAAGGUUUUUGAAACCAUGUCUAAAACUUAUGGGAUUGUUCAUCAAAUUGAUCAUUAUGCUUGUAUGGUCGACAUUUUAGGGAGAUCUGGCCGGAUUCUGGAUGCUCAAAAGCUCAUAAACGAAAUGCCAAUGGAACCCGAUUCUGUAAUAUGGAGUUCUAUGCUUGCAGCCUGUCGGAAACAUGGUGAAACGGAUCUGGCAGAGUUAGCCGCUACAAAACUGCAGGAUCUUGAUCCAAAGAAUUCACUCGGAUAUGUACUAAUGUCCAACAUACACUGCUUAGCCGGUACUUUCGAUGAAUCUGUAGAUAUAAGGAACCAAAUGGAAGGGUUCGGUGUGAAGAAGAACCGUGGUUUGAGUUGGACCGAAAUAGGGACCAGGGUGCACGAGUUUGCUGCAGGUGGGGUUCAUCAUCCACAGAGAGAAGUCAUAUUUACCGAUCUAGAGGAGUUAGUGAAGGAACUAAAAGGGUUAGGAUAUGUGCCGGAAACCAAUUUGGCCAUGCGCGACGUAGAGGAGGAAGACAAGAAUCGGGAACUAAGUCACCAUAGCGAGAAGCUUGCUUUCGUUUUCGCGUUAAAGCAUCACGAAUCUAACCCUUUUAGCGCUAUUCGGAUCGUUAAGAACAUACGGAUAUGUGUCGAUUGCCAUAACUUCAUGAAAUUUGCAAGUGAGCUAGUUGGAAGGGAAAUCAUCGUGAGGGAUUCAAACCGGUUUCAUCAUUUUAAAGAAAGAGUAUGUUCUUGCAAUGACUAUUGGUAACAACCACCAGGUUGAUCACUGUAACAACCCGUUUUUCAG